AUGUCCACCUCCGCCCUUCCAGACCGCUACAAGCUGAUCUUUUUCGUCCCGACCGCCAACGCGGAGAGCUGUAAAGAAGCCAUUUUCGCUACAGGUGCAGGGUCAUUCCCAGGUGGGAAGUAUACCAAGUGUUGUUUCCAGACUAUCGGUACAGGCCAAUUCCUGCCCAACGAGGGCGCAAACCCGGCGGUCGGAGCUGUCGGUGCUUUGGAACAGUGCGAGGAGGUCAAGGUGGAGAUUAUGUGCCUUGGCCGGGGCAUUAUGCUGAAUGCAGUUGAUGCUUUGAUCUUGACGCAUCCAUAUGAGGAGGUUGCCUAUGAGGUUUAUAAGAUGGAGAAUGUUUAG